AUGAACGCUCUCAUCGUGCUCUCAUUGGCCAUCAUCGCCGGAGUCUCGGCCCAGUACAACUACAACUCGAACUACGAGAUCGGCGUGCCGCAGGGCUAUGGCCAGGAUCAGUACAACCAGCAGUACAACCAGCAGUACAACCAGCAGUACAACCAGCAGCAACCCCAGUACAAACCCGUUCAGGCCAUCCCAGAUGCGCGCUGCCCGCGCACGGACGAUCCCCUCCGCCCGGUCCACCUUCCGUACAACGGAAACUGCGCCAAGUUCAUGAAGUGUACCGGCGGCAUGGGCUUCGUCAUGGAUUGCCCGGCUGGUCUGGAGUUCAGCUCUCGCAUGAGCCGCUGCGACUACCCGGCUAUGGCCCAGUGCUCUCGCGUCUAA